AGCUACCUAGUGACACACAGCCUUUAGGUCAGUGCCAGUAUCACAUGUAUCGGUUGUCGGCGCAUGUGAAGUAGAUAUCAAAUACACAGUGCUGAAGUGCAGCGCGUCGAACAACUUUGCUUGCCAACAUUAAUUUCUCUGACAUUAUUUCGUCCCAUUUUCGUUGGAGACAUUAUUUAUUUUGUUAUCAUUAGUUAAAAUAAAAUGACUGAGCAAUCGGCCCUGCUUCUGCGAAAACAGCUAGCAGAGCUCAAUAAAAACCCAGUGGAAGGUUUUUCUGCUGGUCUGAUUGAUGAUGAUGAUAUCUAUCAGUGGGAGGUUGUCGUGAUCGGCCCUCAAGACACACUGUUCGAAGGUGGAUUUUUUAAGGCGCAUCUCAUUUUCCCUCAUGAUUACCCACUUCGGCCUCCCAAGAUGAAGUUUAUUACAGAGAUUUGGCAUCCUAAUGUCGCAAAGAACGGGGAUGUGUGCAUUUCCAUCCUACAUGAGCCAGGAGAGGACAAAUUUGGCUAUGAGAAACCUGAGGAGCGUUGGCUGCCCAUCCACACUGUAGAGACCAUCAUGAUUAGUGUGAUCUCCAUGUUAGCUGACCCCAAUGGUGACUCGCCAGCCAAUGUGGAUGCAGCUAAAGAAUGGCGAGAGGAUCCCAACGGUGAGUUCAAGAGGAAAGUCGCCCGCUGUGUGAGGAAAAGCCAAGAAAUGGCAUUCGACUAGACGGCCCAUCACUGUUUCGUUUAGUACAUAUCAAUUCCAUCUCCAUAUCUUGGUCAAAGACAGUUUGAGGAUUUAUUUCAGCAUUGAUUUUAAAACCCAUGACAAGCUCAUAUCAAUUUAAUAGGUUUAACUGAUGUGUUGGAUCACCUUCAUGUGUGGCAAAGCUUUAUCGCGUGUAUUGAAUUCUAACCAGCCCCCCUAGACAUGCCAAUUACAAACUUUAAUAGGCGAUCACCGUUAUUUUAGUCACCAGUUAUUUGGGUUUGCACCAUUUAGGGAUAUCAGCAAAGCCACCGUAGAAUAAAUUUUUUUCUUUUCUUUUUUUUUUAUCUGAAUGUGUGAGUUAUAGCACGUUUCGUUAAUGUCGAUUACCCUCCACCCUCUAGUGUGUCUGAAUUAUUUAUUAUCUUAAUUAUGAUGAAAUGUACUGCAUGACACUUGUGUUUUGACUCGCUUUUUUUAUCUGCCACUGAGCCAUCAAUUUUGAACAAAGUCUUUUAUGCAAUUCUGGCGUGUUUUGUGCGUUUAUGGUACUAGUAGAGGCUGAUGGUCAGAAUCGAUGCUGAUUUUCCUUCUCACUGACAUGUCAGACAGCCCUAUUCCCUUAAAAAAAAAAAACAAUACCGCAGAUGUCUCUCAAAGGGCCAUCUCUUUCUCUGCUGCCUUAAGUUGUUCUCCUAUUGGAAAGGAAAAUUGUAUUCAGUGAUGUCAAGUCCGUCUCAAUGUCUAGUCGGUUUUUGAGCUGGAAUCCUCUUUUGGACAAACCAAAAAGUUAGAUAUUUGCAUGAGAGACAGAGAAUAUUUUUUGUAUAAAUGGUAAGCUCAAAAGCUGUAUUUUUUGUGUAUGUAAAUAUUAUGUAUUGUACCAUAGCUCUAUCAGUCAUUUGUUUGUGACGUUUCCCCCCACAUGUAGUUUUGUAAUCACAUUUAUGACUGUAUCCUAUUCACUCUUGUGUUCCCCAAAGGUCCCAUCAUGUAAUUGCUCAUUAAAAUGUAGCAUUUGUCUUA